AAACGAUAAGGGAUUAUGGAUAUAUAAGUACCCCAGCUGCCCCGCGAUAACUUCGCAUUUCAAUAAUUUGAGCUAUAAAUCAAUAAUCUUUCGGCCGUAAUGUCCAAAGAAAAUAGCAGAGAGGACAUGAACCGUAUGGCUGACAACCAUACCGACUACGGAGAUGCAUCGUCCUCCUCGACAGAACUUACUAAAACCACCGAGUUUUUGCCUUACAGACUUUCUGCGGCCAAAGUCAUCAGUAAUUUCGGCACAGAUGCUACACAAGGACUUUCGACACUGAAAGUAGAAGAACUAAGGAGACAAUAUGGUAUGAACACGCUUGGUGAAGGAGACAAAAUAAGUUACACCAAAAUUUUGGCGCAUCAGACAUUCAAUGCAAUGAUUAUGGUGUUGAUAAUCUCAAUGGUCAUUGCUCUUGCUAUCCAAGACUGGAUAUCUGGCGGUGUCAUCGCAGCUGUGGUGGGAAUCAACAUCACCAUUGGCUUCGUUCAGGAAAUGAAGGCCGAGAAGACUAUGGGCUCUCUUAGAUCCUUGUCAUCAUCCACGGCACGCGUUACAAGAAAUGGAGAUGACCUUACAAUUCCAACGGAAGAGGUUGUUCCAGGAGAUAUUGUUCAUAUCAAGGUUGGAGAUACCAUUCCAGCGGAUUUAAGAUUGAUUGACACCAUGAAUUUGGAGACCGACGAGGCUCUUUUAACUGGAGAAUCUUUGCCUGUUGCAAAAAACCAAGAUGACGUAUACCCUGAUCCGUCUUUGAGCGUUCCCGUGGGUGAUAGAUUGAACAUGGCUUUUUCAUCUUCGGUAGUUUCCAAAGGAAGGGGAAGUGGUGUGGCUGUUGCCACUGCUUUAGACACUGAGAUUGGAAAAAUCGCUCAGUCUUUGAAAUCAGACACUGGACUCAUUAGAAAGGUUGACAAAUCUGGCGGCAGAAAGCCUAGUUCGAAAGAGUAUUCAAGAGCCUUUUUUGGAACCUUCAAGGACAUAUUGGGAAACUUUUUGGGAGUCACUGAAGGAACCCCUUUGCAAAGAGUAUUGUCAUGGUUGGCUAUUGUCUUGUUCUGGAUUGCUGUUGUCUUUGCAAUUGUUGUGAUGGCUACUCAGAAAUUCAACGUGAACAAAGAGGUUGCUAUUUACGCUAUUUGCGUGGCUUUGUCCAUGAUUCCCUCUGCUUUGAUUGUGGUGUUGACCAUCACAAUGGCAGUUGGAGCGCAAGUAAUGGUCUCCAAGAAUGUCAUUAUUCGUAAAUUGGACUCUUUGGAAGCUUUAGGUGGCAUUGAUGAUAUUUGUUCAGAUAAAACAGGUACUUUGACGCAGGGUAAGAUGAUCACAAAAAAGGUCUGGAUUCCUUCAGUCGGGACAUUUUCCAUGGAUAACAUACAUGAUCCAUUUAAUCCAACAAUAGGUGAUUUAUCCCAGUCCAAAUUCUCACCAUACUUCAUUAAAGAAACUGAUGAAGAGAUUGACUUUAAGCCUGUCGAAAAAGCUGACAUCGAUUCAUACCCGAAUAACUUCAGGAGUUGGCUUAAUGUUGCAACUUUGGCUAAUAUUGCUACUGUUUCCCAGACAAAAGAUGAAGAGUCUGGAGAAUUGGUAUGGAAAGCACAUGGUGAUGCUACCGAAAUUGCUAUACAGGUGUUUUGUUGCAGAUUAGGAUAUGCAAGAGAAGCGGUUGCCAGAAAUUUUCAACAUAUCGAGGAAUAUCCUUUUGACUCUUCCAUCAAGAGAAUGACUUCAGUGUACAAAAUGGGAGAUGUCACGAAGAUUUUUACAAAGGGAGCGGUGGAACGUAUUUUGAGAAGAUGCAAAAAUUGGACUGGUAACCCGGAAGAGAGCACGGACACAUCUGACCUCAUUGAAAUGACAGAGGAGCAUAUCAGUGAGAUCGAGGCAAACAUGGAUGCAUUAUCUUCGCAAGGAUUACGUGUUUUGGCUUUUGCGUCAAGAGAUUUUGAUGAAAAAACUGAUGACUUGGAGGACAGAGAGUCUAUCGAGUCCAAUUUGACAUUCCAUGGCUUGGUUGGUAUAUAUGAUCCUCCUAGACUUGAGACUGCACACUCGGUUAAGUUGUGUCACAAGGCAGGUAUCAAUGUUCAUAUGGUGACCGGUGACCACCCGAGUACAGCCAAAGCUAUUGCUCAAGAGGUUGGCAUUAUUCCCCACAACUUGUAUCACUAUAGUGAUGAGGUUGUGAAGGCAAUGUGCAUGACUGCAAUGGAAUUUGAUGCUUUGUCAGAUGAACAAAUUGACGCUCUACCUGUGUUACCCUUAGUAAUUGCUCGUUGUGCUCCUCAGACUAAGGUCCGCAUGAUCGAUGCGUUGCAUCGUCGGGAUAAAUUUUGUGCAAUGACUGGAGAUGGUGUUAAUGAUUCUCCUUCAUUGAAAAAGGCGGACGUUGGAAUUGCCAUGGGACUCAAUGGAUCUGAUGUGGCUAAAGACGCUUCUGAUAUUGUUUUGACUGACGACAACUUCGCUUCCAUCUUGCACGCAAUUGAGGAAGGCCGCAGAAUGGCUGCAAACAUCCAAAAGUUCAUAUUGCAACUUUUGGCCGAAAAUGUUGCUCAGGCAAUUUAUUUGAUGGUGGGUUUGGCCUUCAAAGAUGAUUCUGGGUACUCUGUCUUUCCUUUGUCACCAGUGGAGGUGUUGUGGAUUUUGGUUGUAACCUCUUGUUUCCCUGCUAUGGGGUUGGGACAAGAGCAGGCUAUUGAUGGUGUUUUGAACCAGCCUCCAAAUCGCAAAAUCUUCACCAAAGAGCUUCUCGGCGAUAUGGCUGGGUAUGGAGUCUGGAUGGCUGCAUGCUGUAUGCUAGGCUUUGUGCUAGUUGUAUUCGGUGUCGGUGACGGGGAUUUGGGUGUUGGCUGCAAUGAAAUCAGCGCAGACUCCGAUCUUUGUAACUUGGUUUUCAGAGGCAGGUCCACAUCUUUUGCUAUCAUGACAUGGUGUGCUCUUAUUUUGGCAUGGGAGUGCAUUCAUCCGGACAACUCUUUGUUCCAUAUGAGACAAGAGACGGACAACCCAUGGUGGAAACAAACUUCUAUCGACCUUUGGGCCAAUCAAUUUUUGUUUUGGUCUGUCAUUGGGGGAUUUGUGUCUGUUUUUCCCGUCGUGUACAUCCCAGUGAUUAACGACAAAGUAUUUUUACAUGCACCAAUCGGUCAGGAGUGGGGAUUUGCAUUCGCCUUCAGUCUUCUUUUCCUCUUGGGUUGCGAGGCUUGGAAAUGGGGCAAGAGAAUUUACAAACGUAAAUGGAGCUCCAAGAUCAAGAACCCUGAGUAUGAGUUGGAAAGGAAGGACAACUUUCAGAAGUAUGCUUCUUUUUCCAGAAGCAACACUCUUGACCCAGACAUGCUCGCAUAAUAAUCAUCUAAUCAUCUAUUUCUAUCUUUAUAUAUGUAUUGAUACAGCAUUUUCCAUCUCUCUGGCUGACACAAGUGCUAUCG